CCAGGACAGGCUCAGACCUGCUCAUGAAAUUGCAGGGCGAUGACACCAGGAUCCUGCUUUUAUAUUUGCAGUUGAGUGGCUGCCACCGCUGCGACCCCCAGCUGUGACAGAGGAGCUCAAAGCUGACCUUGGCUUUCCGUGGUCUGCAGGGACAGUCCAUGUUGUGUUACUGUUGAAGAGCAACUGGAAAUUUGGAAUUAGGUGAAGCUGUAGCGCAGGCGGUCACCGCUCCGGCCACGCCAGGGGAGCAGCGGUGGGCACGGGCUGGACGCCACCUCCGCUGGCAGCAGCACAACCCCUGCUCAGCCUCAGAUCGUAGCACUGAGAAGGAGAAACUCUGCGAAUUUUUCUCAAUGACUCUAUAGCCAACUGAUGUAACAAUGGUACUAAUAUUGGGACGCAGACUGAAUAGAGAGGAGAGCGGGAUACGAGACUCCCCUGCAACCAAGCGGAAGGUUUUUGAAAUGGACCCAAAGUCAUUGUCAGGCCCUGAGUUUUUUGACUUCUCCUCGGGAUCAUCCCACGCAGAAAGCAUCCUGCAGAUCUUCAAUGAGUUCCGGGACAGCCGGCUGUUCACAGACGUGAUCAUCUGCGUGGAGGGCCGGGAGUUCCCGUGCCACCGCGCCGUGCUCUCGGCCUGCAGCAGCUACUUCAGAGCCAUGUUCUGCAACGACCACCGGGAGAGCCGGGAGAUGCUGGUGGAGAUCAACGGCAUCUUCGCCGAGGCCAUGGAUUGCUUUCUGCAGUACGUGUACACGGGCAAGGUGAAAAUCACCACGGAGAACGUGCAGUAUCUCUUUGAAACGUCGAGUCUCUUUCAGAUCAGCGUCUUGCGUGACGCCUGCGCCAAGUUCCUGGAAGAGCAGCUGGAUCCUUGCAACUGCCUGGGAAUCCAGCGCUUCGCAGAUACGCACUCGCUCAAGACGCUGUUCACCAAGUGCAGGAAUUUUGCGCUGCAGACAUUUGAGGAUGUGUCCCAGCACGAAGAGUUCCUGGAGCUGGGGAAGGAUGAGCUCAUUGAUUACAUCUGCAGCGACGAGCUGGUGAUCAGCAAGGAGGAGAUGGUGUUCGAGGCCGUGAUGCGCUGGGUGUACCGCGCCGUGGAGCUGCGCCGGCCGGUGCUCCACGAACUGCUGACGCACGUCAGGCUCCCGCUCCUGCAUCCCAACUACUUCGUUCAGACUGUGGAGGUGGACCAGCUGAUCCAGAACUCCCCAGAGUGCUAUCAGCUCCUGCACGAAGCCAGACGAUACCAUAUCCUUGGAAACGAGAUGAUGUCUCCCAGAACCAGGCCGCGCAGAUCAACUGGUUAUUCUGAGGUGAUAGUUGUUGUUGGAGGCUGUGAACGAGUUGGAGGGUUUAAUUUGCCGUACACGGAGUGCUAUGAUCCCGUAACAGGAGAGUGGAAGUCACUGGCUAAACUUCCAGAGUUUACCAAGUCUGAGUAUGCGGUGUGUGCUCUACGGAAUGAUAUUCUUGUUUCAGGUGGAAGAAUCAAUAGCCGGGAUGUCUGGAUUUAUAACUCUCAACUUAACAUUUGGAUCAGAGUUGCCUCCUUAAACAAAGGAAGAUGGAGACAUAAAAUGGCUGUUCUUCUUGGUAAAGUGUACGUGGUUGGGGGAUACGACGGGCAGAACCGGCUGAGCAGUGUGGAGUGUUACGACUCCUUCUCCAACCGCUGGACGGAGGUGGCUCCCCUGAAGGAGGCCGUGAGCUCCCCGGCUGUGACCAGCUGUGUGGGCAAGCUCUUUGUCAUCGGGGGUGGGCCUGAUGACAACACCUGCUCUGACAAGGUUCAGUCCUACGAUCCUGACUCCAACUCUUGGUUGCUCCGUGCAACGAUCCCCAUUGCCAAGAGAUGUAUCACGGCCGUGUCCUUAAACAACCUGAUCUACGUUGCUGGUGGGCUCACCAAAGCCAUCUACUGCUAUGAUCCCAUUGAGGACUACUGGAUGCAUGUACAGAACACGUUCAGCAGACAGGAGAAUUGUGGCAUGUCUGUAUGUAAUGGAAAAAUCUAUAUCCUUGGUGGAAGACGGGAAAACGGUGAAGCCACAGACACUAUUCUUUGUUAUGACCCUGCAACGGGCAUUAUCACGGGAGUAGCAGCCAUGCCCAGGCCAGUAUCGUACCAUGGCUGUGUGACCAUUCAUAGGUAUAAUGAAAAAGGCUUUAAACUGUAAUUUUUCUUCCUGAAAAAAAGAAGAAAACGGCAUGAAUGAAUCCAGUGGUCUGCUGCAAGACAGGCUUUUUAAAGAUUCCUGAAGUGGGAAUUCCCUGCCUAAGUGUCGUAUGAAAAUUAUAUCCUGUGCCUUUAGAAAAAGGGUUCAUUUAACUGACAAAACAAGUCUCCAAACCUGCCCAGUAACCAGAGUUCAUUUGUAUCUGCUGUGGGCUCUGAUACAAGAGCAGUAACAGUAUGUUGUACUAGUGGUCAGCAAGUUUGCCCUAUGUGUGAUUAGUAAUUAAAAUCUUGGAAGCUUUUUGGGGAAAGUGCCUUCACAAGCUUUUGUGCCUCUGUCCUAAGAAGCAAUAUCUGCAAGGUGUUUCCAGUUCUGCUAAUGGGAAAAACAGAUUCUUUGAUCCCAAAGAAUCAUCUAAGAUAAUUACCUAUAAUUUAAAAAGUUUAAAUAAUUGUAAUUCAUAUGCAGCAUUCCUACAGGCAGAUUACUUGGCUUAACCAAGCAGAUUAUAUGUCAGAUCAUGCAUGGUUUGGAAUUAAAACCCCAAAAAGCAUCAACAAAACAAGCUACAUAGGGCAAACAUGAGAGUCUUCGAGGAAUGCUUUUUUCUGAAGGAGAAGCUGGUUGUUUUGUGAGCCACCACAACACACUGCAGUGAUGAUUGUGUACCUUAACCCUGUGGACCUUAUUCAUAGUGUUGAUAGAUGUCCAUCAGAAGUACAAGGCUACAUGGCAUGGAAAACCAGUGGAGUGUAGGCCGUGUGUCUGUGAAGCAAAUUUUGUAUCCCAGUUUUUACCUUUGUGAGCAGUAUGGCUGAAGGUUACUGGGUUCUCUCUUUGCUCACUGCCAAGUAUCUCUACACUAUUUAAGAAGUAAAAGAGGAUGAACUCUGGGUUCUCCCACUUACCUGAAUCACAUUUUAAAUUACCUGAGGAUAGAGUUAGGGAUUUGGGUUGUGCCCUACCGCUUAUAAAUUGUUUUUUUGGAUAUCUCAUCUGCAGAGAUGGCAGAGUAUCCACCAGGUAUUUCUUGGCCUUUCUUCAGACAAUCACUUACUCAGCACAGUUAAACUACUGUAUAAGCUGCUUGGCCAUAGAUAAAGACAUUCUGGGAAGGUCCCUGCUGUCACCAGAAAAGUAUCUGUGGACCUGUCCAUGUAGGCAUAUGAGGUGACUCCCAUAUGACAUAUUUUGGAUAAUUUUGAAGCUGAGGAAGCACCUGUAUUUUGACACAUACUACCAUUUAAUUUUUUUUUUUUCAGGAAAGGUAUUUUUUUUAAGUCCUCUCAAGACUUCUGUUCUAGGUCUCUUUAUUUCCAGUACACAGUUGUACAGUUGAGGCACAAAGUUCAUAAAAACUGAAACAGCACUUGAGAGUUGGAAAAUGAAUAGGAUUGUCUGCAUACCAAUUUCCUGGUAAUCACCAAAAACCUCAGGAACUGCCUUUUAAAGGAAUUCUGAGGACUGCAGCCAAUAGGGAAGUUGGUCAGUGCCAGGGUAGAAGAAAAACCAUAAAACCCCUGCGGAGCCAGCCCUGGCCUCGGGGUUCUGGUCUCUGUGCUUGCUCGGAGGGUGAAAAUAAGCACCAUCUCUGGAACGUUGUUUGUUCCACUGGACUUUCCUCAUCUGUUUUCCCAGAGUAUUUCUGCAUGAGAUGGAAAUUCUGACCCUCAGUGAAGCUGUGCCAAACUGGGAGUCACCGUUUUCAGUAACAUGGUCAUGACUUUUAAAGAGCACUGGGAGCUGCACUUUGGGAUGUAUUGACUUGUAACCUCAGGAAAGGACACAAAUUUCAGUUUCUGGCUGGAUACCAAACACUGCUUUGUAUAUACUGAAUAAGAAUAUUGAUAAAAUACCAAUCUCUGCAUAUCAGUGAUUGAUCAGGAAAUCAGUCCCUGAGCAGGUACAUCCACAUUGCCCUAAAAAGAAAGUCCCUCGGUAAUGCAAGACAAAUGAGUCAGAUAAAUUAAUCCUUUUCUAAAUUCCUUCUGUUUCUCCUCACCAAGUUUUACUUUGAAAAAACAAUUUCAGUACCUGUGAAUAAGGUCUGUUGAUUGCAAUGGUAAUUGCCCAGUAACUGAUACUAUAUACUAACAGUGUAUAUAGCUUGUGCCAUCAUUUUAAAUGAAAAUGUCAAAAAUUCUAGGAGCACUUAAUUAGAGAUGCAAUUUGAAAAAUACUCUCCUUUCCUUUGAUUUCCUCUUUGUUUGUAUUCAGACUUGUAAUGUUGAUUGUUAUGCUAAACUGUUUUUAGACAGUCUUCUGUAGGUGUAGAACAGUGUCAUUUAAUAUGUUUAUAAUAAUACUGCACUACUCUGUAAAUAACAAGAUACUGCUUUCUAUGGUUUUGAAGAUGCAUUUUAUAGUUUAGUUGUCUUUUCUAACAAUUUAUGUACUGUUACUGUUACCUAUUAUUUUGAAAAUGACAGUGUUUAAUGAACAGUAAAUGCAGAAAUGUAGAUGCAGAAGAAGACUUCUGCUUACGAUUCCUGACAACCUGUAUUCAGUGCUGAGCAGUUACAGGUGUGGAGCAUUGCUUAAUGGCAGUUAUUUAUGCAAUGAUUUCCUUAAAACAGGCAGUGAGAUUUUCUUCUUGCUUGUUAACUCAGUAAAUAAUUUGCACUUAUGGCCUGCUCUGUUACAACAGUUAUUUUCAGAUGUUCUAGAAAAGGAACGAUUCAACUUUGGUUUAGUGAAAAUGAACCAUUUUUCUAGAAGGAUGCGUUGAUUUGGAAGUCGCAUUCCUGAGCCACCUGUUCUCCAAUGCAUUUCACUUAGGUAUAAAUGAAUUCCAAGAUUUAAACUGUCACUAUUAUGCAUAUUUAGCUGCUUGUAGUUUAUGGGCUUGAGCAGCAAGUCAGGGGAGGGGGGGAAGGGGUUUGUCUCAGCUAGGAGAGAAAAUUACUAAAGCCAUGUAC